UUGCAUUCCUCUUCGUUGUUUUUUUUCAGUCUCAACAGUAAAAUGAUUAAUUUGGCCACGUGUUGGCCAUCUGUUAUUCCAUUCUUCAGCUGUCGUUGGCUCCUUUUGACAACGAGUACCGCCGACCACUGCUGUGUUUACCCUCUCUCUUCCUUCCUCUUACUCAAUCCACUACUGCUUUGCUUCAUAUGUUGUUCUGUCAACCAAAAAGCCAGAGCCUGUUUCUCGAACUCUCUCCUAUUGUGGAACCACCGCCAUCAUCGGGUGCGGCAACUCCUUUUUGAAUUUGAGUAUUUAUGUACCUUAAAAAAUUAGGGAGGGGAAUUGGGUCUUUCCUUUUUACUACUUCCCUUUGAUCUCUGCAAAAGCAAACUGAAGUUUUGAUAUUUUAUUUAUAUCGGUGAUGAUUUUCUGGUGAUUUAGUUUGUUAGAUUCACACUCAAUUUUCCUCAGAAGUCGAAUCUGCAACCACGAUGUCCAUGGGAAACAAGGAGUCUGAUCGGGGAAGUUCUUGAGCCAAUUUAGGGAAAUUGAGAUCGGUAGAAGCACCUUUGAGGUCUAUAGCUGCUGCAUCCUAAGCUCGAGCUGCCAUUUCAGUUGUCGGGUAUGACUAAUUUCUUUCCUUUCUUGCCAAUUUUCGACACCCAAAGUUGUUAUCUUUCAAUUUCCCACAUGGCUCUUCUGGUUCCUUGAUUCCCUUCACUCCUUUCCCCGUCCCUACUCCUCCACUCUCCUCUUUCUUUAUUCUUCUUAUUUCUUCAUUGAAUACAUACUGUUUGAUGGAGUGACUGAUGAAGAGCAACAUGCACACCUACUCGGGAAAAAACUCAGAAAAUUGCUAGAGACAUUUCAAGUGAUCAUGGAAUGCUUUUCUCGUGCUGAGAUUGUAACCCAAUCAAUAGGCAAGUGAAACACACAAGUUCUUCAUCGCAUGUUAGUUUUGAUCCAUUUCUAAAAUUCCUAUGCGUGGUACAAGAAAAACAUCUCUUUAGCAGCAAAGAAGAAAGAAGAGUGAAGUACUGAACAACAAUAUGAAAAGUUGGGACAUCGAAAACAAGAUAUUUUUUGUGUAUUAUAACUAUAUGGAUGUAAAUAAGAUAAUUUUUACGUAUGAUUUGUUCUCUAUAGAUCAUAGGGAUGUGAAUAGGUUGUGAUAUGGAUGUAAAUAAAUUUAACAAAGUUUUAAAACCCGCGCUUUGCUUGGGCUCUUUUGCUCGUUUAAGCUAAAGCGAGGCCUUGGAAUGGCAAAAGAAUAUUUCUCAAGAUUGAGCCAAUAUCCAACAGUAUGGGGAAGAACACUCUCAAUAGGGGUGAUUUUAUCCGAGUCUUACAUGUUCUAUCCUUUGUUAUCCGAUGUGUAAAAGAGGGAUUCUCAAUGGUUCAGAUCUAACUAUGAUAGGGCCAAGCUUAUAAUAUGUCUGCAGUACUUGGAUAAAUGGACCAUCCAAAGUAGGUAGUUAUCGCUGCGAGCUUAAUGGGUGGAGGGAGGCAACAUUCCGAGAAACAACGUGUGAACGUUUGUGCACAAGUGUCACAAGAGGAAAAGGUAUUGAGGCCAGUAAAAGAAUAAGUCAAGCCAUUAAGGAAGAGGGGAAGAAAGAAAUUCUGGUGGAUGAAGAGAGGAGAAGAGAGAAGAGAAACAGAUAACAGAGAAGUUGGUUUCUUGCUUGGCAGGUGAGCUUAAGCUCUUACCUUUGCUUAGUUAUUGAAGCAGUUUUAACAUGUGAAAUAUAGCAUUCAUAUUAAUAUUUUUAGUCGCAUAUUUAUAAGAAUUGGAUUUUCGUAUGAAUUAUAUCUACUUGUAUUAGAACAGCUUUUGACACCUUAGAAAUUGUUAUGUCAUUAAACUCAUCCAUAUACUAUAUUAGAAAGCCCAACUUCCUAUGGAACAAAAAGGAGAGUCAAAUUGGAUUAGCCGCAAAAGUGCACGAGUGUCACCCUUUGAUCAUUUGUGGCAAAUAUGAAAUUAUAUUCUAAUAAACCUAUGCGUACUAGAUUCCUAGACACACAGGUAAUUUCAGUCAAAUGGACCUAACAGUUGACGGAUUACCUGCCACAUAUCGCAAAGAAAUGUGGUCGUUCAAGCGUUACUCUUAACAGACUCGAUCAACUUUGUUGCAACUAACUUCUCGUGAAUGCCUGACCAAGCAUAAAGAAAGAAAUUCAACCGUAGAUCAUGCCAUGGGGAAAGAUCCUGACCGUGGUAGUGACUAAAUCAUCCACUUUCUACGUACCUCACUCGCUGUUGCCACCAAGUUUUUCAGUAUAUAAACCCCACAAGCACACGUCUUAUUUCAACAAGCUAGUCUCCUCUUCUAGAGUUUCCUUAGGUCAUCUAAUACAUAAAAAAAUUCCACAUUCAUCAAAUUCGAUACUGUGACAUAUAGUGCAGCAAAAUAAGUUUGAGCACUUAAUUAAGAGCCAGAAACAAUGGCGGGUGGUGGGUUUGGGGCCGCAUCAGGAGGCGGAGACUUUGAAGCAAAGAUCACGCCUCUUGUCAUCAUUUCUUGCAUAAUGGCAGCUAGCGGAGGCCUCAUGUUUGGUUAUGAUGUUGGUAUCUCAGGGGGUGUUACAUCCAUGCCCCAUUUCCAGAAGAAAUUCUUCCCGGUUGUGUAUAAGAAGACUCAAGAGCCUGGACUUGAGAGCAACUACUGCAAAUACGAUAAUCAAGGCUUACAGUUGUUCACAUCUUCAUUGUACCUGGCUGCUUUAAUGUCAACCUUCGUUGCCUCGUACACAACCAGAUCACUAGGCCGAAAGCUAACCAUGUUUAUUGCCGGGAUAUUUUUCAUAAUCGGAACAGUUUUUAAUGCUGCAGCUAUUAACCUUCUCAUGCUUAUCAUAGGGAGGAUCUUGCUUGGUUGUGGAGUUGGUUUUGCUAACCAGGCGGUACCGCUUUUCCUUUCGGAGAUUGCACCCACAAGAAUUCGAGGGGCACUUAACAUCCUCUUCCAACUCAAUAUUACCAUUGGCAUUCUUUUUGCAAACCUUAUUAAUUACGGAACUAACAAACUUACGGGAGGAUAUGGAUGGAGGGUAUCGCUGGGUUUGGCUGGGAUUCCAGCAGGUUUGCUAACCUUGGGGUCGCUCAUUGUGGUAGACACACCUAACAGUUUGAUUGAACGAGGCAAGUUGGAGGAAGGAAAAGCAGUUCUUAAAAGGAUUCGUGGUGUUGACAAUGUGGAUCCAGAAUUCUUAGAGAUCGUUGAGGCAAGUCGGGUGGCUAAAGAAGUGAAGAAUCCCUUCCAAAAUCUCCUUAAGCGUAGGAACAGGCCACAACUGGUCAUUGCAGUUAUGAUGCAGGUGUUCCAGCAAUUCACUGGCAUCAACGCAGUCAUGUUCUACGCUCCGGUUUUGUUUCAGACCUUGGGUUUUAAGAGUGAUGCUUCCCUCUACUCAGCUGUUAUUACAGGAGCUGUCAACGUGCUAUCAACCGUUGUAUCAAUCUACUUUGUUGACAAAGCUGGUCGCCGCAUGCUCUUAUUAGAAGCCGGGGUCCAAAUGUUCCUUUCUCAAAUGGUGGUUGCAGUAGUGAUGGGACUCAAAGUCCAGGAUAACACUAACAACCUUACCCAAGGCAUGGCAAUUCUUGUUGUCAUUAUGGUUUGCAGUUUUGUUGCCUCCUUUGCAUGGUCUUGGGGACCUCUCGGGUGGUUGAUUCCUAGUGAGACUUUCCCUCUGGAAGCUCGCUCGGCUGGCCAGAGUGUGGCUGUGUGCAUCAACAUGCUCUUCACCUUUGUUAUAGCACAAGCCUUCCUCUCAAUGCUUUGCCAUAUGAAGUUUGGCAUUUUCCUGUUCUUUAGUGCUUGGGUCCUUGUCAUGACAAUCUUUGCAAUGUUCUUAAUUCCCGAGACCAAGGGUGUCCCGAUCGAAGAGAUGAUAGAAAGAGUCUGGAAGCAACAUUGGUUCUGGAAGAGAUUCAUGGAUGACUUUGAAGAUGAUCCCAAGGGCAAGGCCCAUGUUUGAACUAUCUCACCUGGCCACCGGUCUCUUCCUCACAGUUAAUUACAUUGCAUGAUUUCCUUGAGUUUGAAGAUUAGGUUAAUUAAUAAUUCUUCCUUUACUUCUAGCUAGUUGCCUCACAACGGGAGCUCUCUGAAUGCCAAAUGCUUUGUUUAUGUUUUGAGAUGCGCUAUUUGCACUUCCUAAUAAACUCCUGCUGUACUUC